UUGGCUUGCAGUGAGAUAGCGGCCCCCGCGCCUCUCUCUUCCUGCCGCAGGCACUUCUCACGCGAAAUGGCAGAUUCAGGGGAAUCCAUUCAAGAUGCUUUGCUUUUUGCCCUGGAGGACCUCCGUGGGGAGAAUUUCAAGAGGUUCAAGUACAAGCUGUGCUUCCUCCAUAUGGAAGGGAGGGAGACCAUCGCCCAGGAGAAGCUGGCGAACGCUGACCGGGUGGACACCGUGCAGCUGCUGCUUAAGGCCUACGGCGAGGAGGGGGCUCAGGAAGUGGCCGUCCAGGUCCUCAAUUCCAUCAACGUGCGGAAUUCUGCUACCAGACUCCAGAAUUGGAAAUAUAACGACUGGAAGAAAAAAUAUAAACGAUACAUCCAGGACACGUUCUGGAAUAUCCCUGAAUUGGGCUCUGAUCCUGCCCUGAUGGUGAGUCUCCACCAAAGAUACACCGAGUUGCUUCUCAGCAGGAAACUGUGUCCUCAGGAGAGAACCCACGAGCUCGUGGCCGUGGAAAGAAGGCACCGGAAGGAGGAGACUCAUCCAGGAGACUGCCUAGAAGUUGGCGUGGAGAAUCUCUUUGAUCCUGAUGCUGAGGGGAAAAGCUCCAGAACCGUUGUGCUACUUGGACCUGCUGGGGUGGGGAAGACCACGGCCAUGAGGAAGUUGAUGCUGGACUGGGCAUCUGGAAAAUUCUGGCCGGCGAAGUUUGAAUAUGUUUUUUACAUUUCUUGUAGAGUGGUGAACUACAGCAGCAAGCCCAUGAGUGUGGACGACCUGAUACUCAACUGCUGCCCUCCAGGAACUCCCCUGACAGAGGACAUCUUCUUGAACCAAGACAGCGUCCUCUUUCUGGUGGAUGGUUUUGGCGAACUGGAGCACGGUGGUCUUCCGAGUGACGUGCCAAGCAGUGACCCACAUAAAAAGCAGGCUGCCGCAAGCCUGGUGAUGGGUCUGCUUCGGAAAAACCUCCUUGCCAGGUGCCACCUCAUUGUGGCUACAAGGCCUUUGGCUCUGGGGCCACUCCUGCAGUGCCUGAGGUUGCCUCAGUUUGUGGAGGUCCUGGGAUUUCGCCCAGCUCAGAGGAAGGAGUAUUUCCACCACUUCUUUGAGGACAAGGAAGAAGCCACUCAAGCCUUUGAACUUGUCAGAAGCAAUGCAACUGUUUUCAGUAUGUGCUUCCUCCCCGUUGUGUGUUGGGUUAUCUGCACCAUCUUCAGGCAGAAACCCCAAAGGGAGUGCCUUAAAGAUAUCCCAGAGACUGCAACGGUCACAGAAAUUCACAUGCGGCUCCUCCUUAGUUUCUUGGAGUGUCACUCCAGGUGGAGUGAUCUGGAAGGACUUUGCUCCUUAGCCAAGGAUGGGAUGCUCCAGAAGACAAUGGCCUUUGACAAAGAAGUGCUGAAAGACCAUGGUUUGGGCUGUUCAGGCUUGGAAAACCUUUCUUCAAGUAAGAACGUUCUCCAUCCAGAUACCCACAUAACAACCACGUACAGGUUCAUCCACUUAAGUUUCCAGGAGUUCUUUGCUGCCUUGUUCUACCUUCUGGACACAGAUACGGACACAGAAAGGUCUUUCAAAGACCUGGCCGAGGUACUUGGAAAUAAGAAAGAAUACAGCGGCACCUACUUCAUGUUCGUGCAUUUCCUCUUUGGCCUCUCCAAUACGAAGAGGUUGAGCGUUCUGCAAGAAACGUGGGGCCUAAAACUGUCCCGAACAAGGCUCUGUCAAGAGUUGUUGAGGUGGGUGAAGGAGGAAGCCAAGUGCCAUUCCUUCAGGAAAGGGGAGCAACUGCUGGAAUUGUGUCAUUGCCUCUACGAGAUGGAGGACCCUGCAUUUGCAAAGAGCGUCAUGGCACAUGUCCGCAACCUGGACCUCCAAGACCAGCUCUUUACCAAGCUAGAUUUUGCAGCGCUCUCAUUUUGCCUAUCAUCAGCUGACACUCUCUGCUCACUACAACUCUCUGGUUAUGAGCUGGGGCCUACAGGGGUUACCCAGCUCUUUCCAGGACUUCUGAAGUCUUCAGAGAUUCAGCUGAACCAUUGCGGGCUCACAGCUGCCGCAUGCAAAGAUUUCGCUGCCAUUGUGAGCAAUCAGAGUCUGACCAGUUUGGACCUGGGUGAAAAUCCACUGGAAGAUUUUGGCGUAAGCCUCUUAUGUGCUGGUCUUAUUGAUCCACGCUGUAAGCUACUGAGUCUCCGGCUGCAUCGCUGCAAUCUCACAGCCGCUGCAUGUGAGCCCCUUUCGCAGUUCCUGGCAUCUAAUCAGUGCCUCACCGAACUGGACCUGAGCGAGAACCCCCUGGGCGAUGCGGGAGCCAGGAAGUUGUGCGCGGGGCUGAGCCACCCACAAUCUAGGCUGCAAAGACUCACGUUGCACGACUGUGAUCUCACUGGCAGCGCCUGCAAGGAUCUUGCCUCUGUCGUAAAAACCCACAAGACCCUGACGGAGCUGGGCCUGGGAGCUAACAGCCUUGGAAAUCAAGGCGUCAGGCAACUCUGCGCAGUGCUGAGGAACUGCAAACUUCAGAGACUGGCGCUUUCAAUGAAAUCCCUAAAUCAAAUCACAAGGGAUAAGCUGCGGGCAGCCACACCCCCUCUGAUGGAUCUGGUCUCCUAUUAUCCACCUGACUGUGCAGUCUGGCCAGCUGGGCUGAAAACAACAGAAUGAAAUUUAAUAGGGAUAAAUACCAAGUUCUACACCUAAGAAAAACAAAACAAAUGGACAGUUACA